AUGAUGAGAUCCAACAUUAUCUUUGUAGAUUCCCCGUUGGGUUCUGGAUUCUCAUACUCAAGAAAAUAUGAAGGGUAUGAUGCCAACGAUACUAUUUGGUCCGAACAGGCUUCUAAGUUUCUUUUACAGUGGCUUGUUGAGCACCCACAGUUCAUCUCCAAUCCCCUCUACAUUGCUGGGGAUUCAUAUGCUGGAAAAAUUGUACCUAUGGUGGCCAAAAGAAUAUUGGAUGGUAUUGAUGAAGGGAAAGAACCAUUACUUAACCUCCAGGUAAAUUGCUUGAAUUGAUGGGCCACUGGCAAUAAAGGGAAAGA